CGAGAACACACGGACUCAAGUUGAAAGCAGCUCCCGUUUCUGCUCCGUUUAACUUUGGACACUAGCUACAGAUUUUAGGGUUUACACUGGCAAAGGAAUUUAGGCAUCAAAAGGGAAAGCGCAAAAACGCCUGUUUAAAAGAAAGUGAGAUUUGUUUUUUUUACCGUGCUUAGUUCCACAGCAUCGACAUUAUUGACAAUCAUCUUUAUCAAACUUUUCUUUGAUUAUUUAUAGGAGGUUUACUCGCCUACUUCAAAACGAGGACGUGGAUAUUUCUGUCAAACCUUUGCCAUUGCGCAGAUAGGCUAACUAAUGACGGCAGAGGUUCAGCAGCCUCCAGCGCAGACUCCUGCUCAGAGCAGCCCCAUGUCUGCUCCGGAGAAGCCCCACGGACAGACCACGGUGAUGGAGACCGCCUCUUCCACCACCAAAACCAAGAAGACCAACGCAGGGAUCCGCCGCCCAGAGAAACCCCCCUACUCCUACAUAGCGCUGAUAGUGAUGGCUAUCCAGAGCUCUCCUACCAAACGUUUGACGCUCAGUGAGAUUUACCAGUUCCUCCAAAGCCGUUUCCCGUUCUUCAGAGGCUCCUACCAAGGAUGGAAGAACUCCGUUCGUCAUAACUUGUCCCUAAACGAGUGCUUCAUAAAGCUUCCCAAGGGGCUUGGUCGGCCCGGAAAGGGCCACUACUGGACUAUCGACCCGGCCAGCGAGUUCAUGUUCGAAGAGGGAUCCUUUCGCAGGAGGCCCCGGGGCUUUAGGCGUAAAUGCCAGGCGUUGAAGCCCAUGUACAGCAUGAUGAAUGGCCUGGGAUUCAACCACCUCCCCGAGUCUUACAACUUCCAGGGGAGCGGAGGGGGGCUGUCCUGUCCACCCAACGGCUUGUCUCUGGACAGCGGGAUUGGGAUGAUGAAUGGACACUUGGCAGGCAACAUGGAGGGAAUGGGUCUGUCUGGACACUCCAUGUCCCACUUAUCGGCCAACAGCGGACAUUCCUACAUGGGGAGUUGCACAGGAUCCACGGGGAGCGAGUACCCCCACCACGACAAUUCGGGAUCGCCCCUGCUCACCAGCGGCGGGGUGAUGGAGCCGCAUCCAGUUUACUCAAGCUCAGCCUCGGCCUGGGCUCAAGCACCUUCAUCCUCCCUGAAUAACGGAGGUUCCUACAUCAAACAGCAGCCACUGUCUCCCUGCAAUCCCGGAGCGAACCCGCUGCAGCCCAGUUUACCCACGCACUCUCUUGACCAGUAUAACCUGCACCAGAACGCACACAGUAACACGGAUUUACAAGGUAUUCCACGGUACCAUUCCCAGUCUCCCAGUAUGUGUGACAGGAAGGAGUUCGUCUUCUCCUUCAAUGCGAUGACGUCUUCAACGAUGCAUUCGCCCAGCAGCAGCUCCUACUAUCAUCACCAACAGGUCGCCUACCAGGACAUCAAGCCCUGUGUCAUGUGACAGCACUUACGGUGAAUAACGGACAUCACUGACUUGAGCCACUAAAACCAAAAUCAGCUACAGGGCUGAGAUGAGGGAGUAACCCAACCCUUGGAGGUAUAGGAGAAGGCAGGCCCUGGAACGCGCUGUAAGAGAAGCAUCAGUAACGCCAGAGAACCCAUAAACGUAAAAAAAGGGAUUUGGUACAGAGACAGAAAUACGUAUAAAUAAAUGGAGAUAUCACAAAACAAUCAUGUGAUUAAGCCCGAAACUGUGGGCACCGUUCAAGAAAUAUCUGCGUGUAAUACAAGAGGUAAAGCCGAGACCUGGUUGAAAAUCACCUCGAGCAUCUCAACCCCAGCUGCCGCUUGGUACUAGUUCUGCGGGCGGAUGACUACCACUUGAGAACAUUUAACUUUCUAAAAUGUACAAUGUGUAUUAUUAUUGUUAUGCAUUGAGAUAGGCUACUGGGGAAAUUUUCAGUGCUCCUAUAUCCGGGUUAGGCUACUCGGCACUAUCAAAUUAUUUCGAUUUUUAUUAUAUUUUCUGAGAAGUGAACUAUCACCAUGCGUUGAUUUUUUUUAAUUAACAAUAAGACAUGAUCUUAAUUAAGGAAAGAUGAAGGCACUUUUUUUUAAUAACAAAACGCAACUUCUUAUUUAUUCUGUGUAUAUUUUAAUUGUACAAUUAUAGCCACCAUAUUGAAGUAUGCUUUAUUGGCAAUAUUUGCCAUGACGCUUUCUUACUUGUUUUAAAAAGGAAAUUGAAGAUAAAGAUGUAAGCACUGUUAGUUAGGCUACAUUGUCCGUGUCUAUUUAGGUGUACAUAUAUCCAUGUAGACACCAGUUAUUUUUCAGCACUGUAUAAACUGUACAUGAUGUUAUGCUGAGUAUUGGCAUACUUGAGUGUCUUUAGAUUAGUCUGUAUUACUACACACGAUUUGUAUUAAAAAAAAAUAAAGGUAUUGGCAUGCAGUUUGUUUAACUGGCUUAAACACCUAUACAAUUAUUUAUGUUUCCGCUUUUUUACAUUUUUUUUUUCUGACUUUGUUGUAAAUCGUUGGAUUAUUAGACCUAUAUCCUAAGCAUUUUGCUGAUACAAUUCAG